CCCCACGGCUUGCAGGGGCUGACCCUUGCAUGAGACCAGAGCUGUCCCCUGCCCCCCAAGAGAUGAGCCGGGGCUGCCCACCCCCAGGGCCCCACCUGGCUCUGCUCGGCCUUCUCCUGUCACUGAAUCCUGGGUGUGCUGGUGAGAAGGCACUGACCCCUGUGGGGUCACUGUGGGGAAGAUGGGGCAGGAAAAAGGGCCCAGGUGCCUGGGGGAUCAGUGACCGGGGGGGGGUGGGGGGCUCACCUCAUGGGGCUAGUUAUGUACUUGACUCCAAGGAGAGGGGACAUGGAUGGGAUCUUAGUGUGUCUGAGCAAAGCUGACUAGAACCCAGGUCUCUGGGAGGCUAGUACAGAGAUGGGGAGGAGUGGGGGAGGGCAGUGUAGGUCAAUGCUUCCAGCCUUUUAGAUAUGGGUGUGAGUAGAUGUAAGUGGGGAGGAGUCAGCCCUGAUCUCAUCAUCUUCCUCCCAGGUUUCAAAGGGAUCUCCAACUUCUUCAAACCACUGACCUGCAGCCAGUUGCCUGCCCUGCGCAAGACAUGCGGGGGCAAAGCAGAGAGCUUCUACCCCAAGCAGUGUCUGCAACAGAAGUGCUGCCACUACAAUGGAACCUGCUAUCACCAUGUUAUCGAUGGAGUCCAGCAGCGCCGCAAUGCUGGGAUCCUGGGUGGGAGCUGUGCUGGGGCUGCGCUGCUGUUCUUGUCCAUCUUCAUUGGCUGGAGAGAACCCAGGUGUCCUGACCCACAUCUGGUACUCUGGUAGCAAACUGAAGGGCUCACAAGCGAAAGAAAAGCCCAGCUCAGAAUGGAAGGACAGGGACAUGGCCGAUUUCCUCAUGAAGCUGAUGGACAAAAGCGACGAGAGCGACGAGGAAGAGGAGGAACAAGUACAGAAAAGACUGCAGGAGACAGAGUAGGGGAGCUGCUGCUCCUGCUGGAGCAGCCCCAGCCUCCCAAUAAAGUGCUAAUAUUUUCCAUCCA